CUGCUAUUUCUAGCAUGACCUCUGGCGUGGAAGGACUGAGAACACUUUUGGAUCGUAUAGAAACAAACCGCAAAAUUGCUAUCGGCGUUUGGAAUGAAAGUGAUCAUCCGUGGGAAGCAACUUCCGUGUAUAUUUCGUCUGGCACCUCAGAUAACAUCCUUCCACUUAAUGUUCCACAAGGUACAAACUAGAUUAGUCUAAUUUUAAAAGCAUAACUCCUACCUAACUACUUAUCAGUAUAUUAUGCUUGCUGUUUAGCGCAGGUGUACGGCAUUCGGAUAGAUCCCAGACACGCAUCUAAUGUGUUGUGGGGGUAAGAGAGAAUUGGGGUUAGGUUGAGGCGCGCGGGAACUAAUGGGAAGAGACAAAGGAAUAAUAGCGACUGGCAGAUUUCGUUUCAUAAAGCCGUGCAAAUUGCCAUGGAGCCGUGCAGGUACUAUUCAUAAAGGCAAUGGCACUUUUCCGGUAUUUUUGUGGUCAAAAUCCUUUGUGACGUUUAUUUUAAUUUUUUUAUUAAAAAAAAACAGUUUUCUCUAUGUAGCAAAAAGUAUUUGUUAUGCCGUUUCGCCUGCAUGGCGUGCGCGCUGGAAGAUUCCCGGGAAAGCCAUGUUGACUAUUUCGACAGUUCUUACAGUGAACUGUGGUUUGAAGGUUGGUAAUUCUUUUCUCUAUUUUUUCUCUUUCCUAACAAAGGCUACUUUUGAGGUAUCUCGCAGCACCAGUUCACACUAUAAAGUAUCUUUAUUCAGAAUACCCAUAUUAAAGUUAUUCCAAUCAUUGCAGAUGCAAACAUCAGGUUUACUUCUACAUGAUUAAUAUCAAGCAUUAAAGCUAGCUCCAUCAAUGUGUUUAUUUUUAUCAGCUUCUUCGAGAACUAUAUUUUUAUACAAAUCUUGAAAUCAAAUGUAACAAAGGUAGGACCCUCUUAAGAACUGACAUCAGUUCUCUUUUAUAACUGUUUCCUAAAAUAGACUUUAAGGUAACCCAUAUAGUUCAUAUGGGUUGUAGUGCAUUAUUACAUAGUGCACAUUUCCCCCUGGCGCUCUAUCAUUGUAUGAACUAAAAGAAGGCCGGGUUCACGCACUUGUGCGUCUUGCUUGUUCUUGCCAUAGAAAGAUAAGUGUUUCCUUGUACUGCAUAGAACUCAAGCAAAAUUCCCUAAAAACAAAAGAAAUGUUUAAAUUUAUUGGUAGCCUACAAAGCAGGCGUUUUUUUGACAGAAACUCAGAGGUACAUUGAUCGCGGCAGCCAUCUUGAAAAGCCAAGGAAAAGACUAAGGGAGGAGGAGCGGGAACAGCGGGAAAAGGGGGAGGGGUGGAGAGAAGAGAGGAGGUUAGGGUUAGGGUUACUAUUUGAAACCCUUCAACCUCUUCCUUUAAAUCAGUUUUGAGCUUGUUCCAACUCUCUGGUAGUAUUAACGUCCAAGAUGGCGGGAUAACGUUAUUUCCGCAAUGUAUCGCGCUGCAAAAUAUGCGUGCUUUGCAGGCUGAUUUAUUGCUUAAGAGGAAAGAUGUCCUUGGAUUGCUUCCAGCUGGUUUUGGAAAAAAGUCUGAUUUAUUAACGUUUUGAAAUUAAGGGUUGACAGGCUAAACACGAUUCAUGUUAUGUGUUUGAACAACAGUUUUUCUCUUUUUUUUUCUCGCCGCUGUGUUUUGAUAUAGACUUAACUUUGACUCUGGUGUGGAAAAGCUAAUUUCCCUUCAUUUAAGCCAUUAUUUACAUCGCGUAACAAUGAGCUUCCUUCCCCAGCCGCCAUAUUGAAACGAAAUCUGCCAGUCGCUAUUUUUCCUUUGUCCUUUCAAAUGAGAUGUUAUUGGUCGUAUAAGCCGUGAUGGUACUGGCUUUGAAGACUCCUAAUGUCAUUGGUGCGUUUCGAUCCGUCUAUUGUCACAGUUAAAUAGUAAAAUUGUCAGUUGUCCAGUCGUUUUCUCGUAGUUAGUUUUGCUUGAUUCACGUCAAUAAGUCCUUUGUACGGUGCCGGUAACUGUUGAUUACAAUUCAGUAGCAUUUGUUCUAAGUUAGUAAACCAGCUUUCUAAAGAGAGUCGUUGAUGGUACUCUGUAGAAUACGUAAUACAUGUCGCAGAGUCUCAAUCGAUUUAAUGUUUCGUCUGUAAAUGGUGCGCGGCAAUGUGAUUAUUGACGUCAUCAUUUGUCGUCGCUCGUUUGUGUUUGUCAGUCGCAUGCUAAGGUUUCUGCCGGUUUCACCAAUGAAGUAGCCUGGCAGUCGCAGCAAAUGAUCUUGUCCCUUGUCCCGGGGGGGUGAGGGGUCGCAUGCUAAGGUUUCUGCCGGUUUCACCAAUGAAGUAGCCUGGCAGUCGCAGCAAAUGAUCUUGUCCCUUGUUCCGGGGGGGAGGGGUACUUCCUUAUAAGAGGCUAAUGGGGAUGUGCCGCGGGAUGGUGUCCCAUUUUCAUGACUGGAUUGACUAUAAUGGGGUUGCAUUUUCAAUAGAGUUACUACAAUGGGGUCGCACUUUUCGGAUUUUUGGGGGUUACGGUUAGCAAACGUACCCGAAUGUUUGUACUGUAGGUGGGAAGCAAUGAUAGUCUUUACACUAGAGCCUAAAUAAGCUAAGAAAUAUUUCAAGACAAGUAAAUUUUAAUUGCUUCAAGUAAAAUAAAGCCUCACACACAACCGAUUCUUUUUCUUUCUUCUUAGCGGCUCUUAAGUCUUACUUAACAGCCUAGUGUAAAGACAACCAAUGUGUUCUUUAUUCAAUUUUAAAAAAAUGGGUCAAUUCAUUUUAGGACUGGACCUAUUUAAAGGAUUGAUAAGGUAGAUACAUGAAUAAAAAGUGACUUAGAUGGAAUCGCGAAAAUGACAUAUUUGCCCAAAAGUAACUAAGAUGGGGUCUAGAUUCGGCCACAGAACAGGGGCUCUGAGAGGCCAGAGGCACAUACCAAGCAAAAAUUAACCCAAGUUCCCCUCCCCCCCCCUCCGCCCGGGGGUAUCUUGUACAAUGCUCCCUGUCUGUCCUAUCAAAUGCUGCGAAUGCCAGGCUACUCGGAUCUUAAUUAGUUGUUAAAGUUACUUUGGAUUCGUACCCAUCUUAUGUCAGUAGAACUGGUAAACAAAAGACACACUUUUCAUUAUUGCCAAGAAAUAACCGUUACUAAUAUCAUAGGUGACGAACUACUCCUUAAUUUUGGCGCAAAAUUGCUAUGGCAACCCUUCCGUACGUCUCAGUGUCAAGAUGAUGACGAAGUUUUAAAAUGCCGUGAAUGAAGAUGUCAGGGCACAAAAAGACGCUUUAGAAAACAAGAACACACAAGAGAACAUCAAGAAGGAUUCUAACAGGUAUUAUGCCGAAAAAGUCUGAAAAUUUAAGGUCUAAACAUUUGAGAGAGUGGAGUUCUCGAUCGAUACGAUCCAGGAUAAACAUGUCAAAAAUCCAAGAUUGCUAACGUAAUUCGUCACCCAUGAUAUUAAUAGGUAAUCAAAUGGUAUACUCGUGAAAUUAGGGAAUAAUUUCACGCGCGUUUUGUCCAAAUCCUAAUAAUUUCCCUCGCCUAAGGGCACGGGAAAUUAUUAGAAUUUGGACAAAACACACAUACCUAUAUGCUUGUUCUCAUUAGGUGAGGCCAUACUAUGGGGAGCUCGAAAAACUGCGGGACCUAUACCUAGAGGAGCCGUUGGAGUCUUCACGUACUACAUACCAGCCUUAGACAACACAUUAGCUAUCAUGUAUUCCGUUCCUUUUGAUUUCAACUUAUUCAGAAAUUGGUGGCAUGUAAAACUUUACAGCGGUCGUCGGGAGGCCAGUAAACAGACGUUCAGAGACAUGUAUGGUGCCGACAGAGUGAGGGGUGAUAACGCCUGGCAUACUAUAAAGUUACCAUCAGGAUUGUCUGUGAAGGGUGCGAUGGGGAGCACGGGUCAAUCCGAACUUGAGAUUAGGGUUGGGAUUGCAAGCGGGACAUGAGCUGCUCAGUAACCAACUGGUUGCCUACUUCCAGAUAAUUUUUUUUGAUCCCCUUACGUUUUAUUUUUAUUGUUUGUUCACCAACUAUUCCAGUGGAGUGCCUGUAAACUAGCUAAAGAGACUAACUGCACUUCCGCAGCAAAAAAAACGGUCUUUAUUGUUGAAAGUCCCGGUAACUUUUCAUGCCUCAAGCCGGCACAUUUAAACAAGUUUUUAAACAAGCACGUGCCGUAGUAUGAUUUAGUAAGUUGUAUCUUUUGCUAAAAUAAAAAUUACAGAAUUAUUUACUCAGUUGAUUUAAGCCGGUUCAAAGAAAAAAAACCCUUUGGUUUGUAUUACCAGUCAAAGUUGUCUAGAUUAAUUAAGUUCCACCAAGGAAGUACUGUUUUUAUCAAUCUAUUGCACUUUUGAGACUUUCGUUGAACUGGCUCGUGUUUGCAGGUUAAAGCCCUGAUUAUCUGAGUUCACAACUGGAUCCUAUACCCCCUUCAUUAAACGUAAUUUAUUCAUGAUUAUUUGAGAUUACGUGGAAAAUAAACAUCUAUUAUUCAAUUUAUUAGUCCAUGAUGCAAUAUUGUUCUUAGCUAAGACGGGUUUUUCCUAGCAAACUCGUAAACAAUUUUUGAGUUAAUGUAUGGAAAAAGGCGGCACUACUUAGUAUUGUUAUGAUAUUCCAACAAGAAUGUUUCAAACGACAAGUUUGGUACUGUACGAAAAAUGACGAGUUGUACUUUUAGAAGUACCGGUAUUGUACGUAGUUGAUUUGUAUUCGUAUGAACCUUCUUUGUAUUUUUUAUAUCUCUCUGACUAUUUAGUUAGGACGGGACAUUUACUGGACCUAUGUGAACUAGAGUAAAAGUAGAUUUUUUUUGUUACGCUAUAACCUCGAAGGAAAGUAAAUUAAUAACUCUUGUAGCAAAUCGAAUUUCUGCUAAUGUUAAUUUAAAUUAGAGACCUUAAGAUUCUAAGACAAGUACGACUACGAGUACGAGAUUUUACCAGUACUGAGUAGCGCUCGCGCGUGAACCAGCGUCAUUUUGGCUGGAAAACGUGAUAGCAUUCGUCAAUCUACUACGAGUUUAGCAAGAAUGUAGAAGUGGCGGAAACAAGAUAUCAAAUGUUAGAAGUUUUAUCAUUUUGCGAUCGGGAGAGUGUGUAACCUCCCUUACUAAAGAUAACAGUGCUCAUUUUUCAAGUAGAAAAUAAUAAAAUGAAGCUUUCCGGGGAGUCUAUAUUUUUAGAAUACGCGAAAAACUUUAAGUCAA